CAUAUAAACCCCUCACUCCCUUCAAAACAGUACUUUCUUUCAGUUAAAACAUCAAACACCUAAUAGGCGCCUAAAAUGUCAAACCCAAAUUCCUCUUCCUCUUCCUCAUCAAACAAUUUGCUUCAAACCUUAAACACUAAAGGCUGGUGUUUUCGCGACACCAAUAUUGUAAAUUCACUCAUUGAAGCUCAAUUGUUGUCAUCAUCAUCAUACACCGUUGAUUCAAUCGAAUCAGAGCUUUUAAACAUGGACUUAAGAUCCAUCGGUGGAAAAUCGUUGCCCGAAUUUUCGAUCCUCCGUAAAUCGUCUCAUCUUCAAGGCCCUAAAAUCCUUCAAAUAUCUUCUGUCAGAGAUAUAUCCCGAAGCAAUAUGGCUGAGAGUUCGGGAAGUUCUAACAAUCGGCGUCUACUUAGAUUAAAGCUCACUGAUGGUCACUCUGAAAUAACUGCUGUAGAGUACUCUCAUAUACCAUCAAUUCCUGAUGAUGUUGUUCCUGGCACUAAGGUGCGCUUGGAAAACAAAGCUACAGUUCACAGUGGUAUUGUGUGUUUAAAUGCCAAAAUAAUUACUGUUUUAGGAGGUGCUGUUAGUUCUCUUUAUGAGGAAUGGCAGAUGAACAAAAAAUAUUCAGGUUUCUCCCGUUCAACCUUGAAAGUAGCACAUGAGGAUGGAACAGCUGGUCCACCGCCAUUUGAAAAGUUGCAGAUUGGAGCUUUGCACAAACACCUACCUCAGCAUAAGAGAUAUUCUGAAAAAGCUCAAAGUUCCACAGCUAGUCCAAUGCACAGAUUCCAGAACAAUGAUUCAAGGACAGAGAGGACGGGUAAUGAACCAAAGCCACCUGCUCAUAUUGAAAGAAAUGAAGAAAAACCAAGCACCUCUGAAUCAAGGCCAAAAGAAGUGGCUGAGGCUGUCCCUGUUCAAAACCAAGCAGCUGCGCAAAAACUACUGCAGAAAAUGAGUCAGCCUCCUCCUCGUGGUGGUUAUCAUUCUAGAGGGCAAAGACACAGAGGAAAGGGAAGAGAGGAAGAUGAGUCACACCUUCUUACCCUAGAGGAAUGGGAAAGGAGAAAAACUGGUGCUAAUCUUUCUGCAACACAUUAUCUUCCUGAUGUUAGCCAAGAUGAGGAUCUUGCAAGGCAGCUGCAACAGCAAUUGGAUUUUGAAGAUUUUCACGAACAACAAGAAGGUACAACAACAGCGGCAGAGAAUAUUAGAAUGAGCAUGUUCACAUUUGAAAGAGAUGAUGUUGGAGCUCAUGGAACAACAGGAUUUAGAGGAAGAGGAAGGGGAAGAGGUAGAGGAAGGGGAAGAGGUAGGGGGAGGAGAGGCUGAUUUUCGUCUACCAUUCAGUCUUUACCCCUUCUCUUUUUUCAAGUUAGAUUUUUAGUUUUUAAGAUAUCACAUACCCCUUUCGGAAAGACAUCACAUAUCUUUUUUUUUUUUUUUCCCUGGUGAUUCCUGUUGAGUCAAUGUUAUUGAUAAAGUUUUUUAUCUUGAAGAAACUUUCUUUCAUCUUUAUGUACUUGAAUCUGCUUGCAAUUUUUGUUC